AUGUGUUUGGCAGGUUUCUGUGUUUUUUUCUCCUUCCUCUGUCUAAAUGCUUUUCGUCGAUUUCUUGCGAGUGCUGUUCUGGCUCAGGUAAAGAGCGCUGCUGGUGCAAGCUGCGAUCAGGCCUGUGCUGCCCGCGACGGAUGCAACGAUGAGGCGUGGCCGAGCUCUGAGGAGGAGUUCCACGAUGCAGCCAGGCUUGCAGGUCAAGUCUGCGAGAGCACGCAGAGUGGUGGCGCAAAGUACGACCCCAGCACUGACGGCCACCACUGCGGCUGGCAGGGGCCCGAGGACAUGAACGGGGAGAAGAGAGCCGGUGAAAAGACCGCCCUUCGGCGCACAUCGACUCCAGACGAUGGGAAACAGACCGGCUGCGGCAUCGAGUGUACUGGUAUCUACUUCACAUCGGCACGCAGCCAAGUAAAGAGCGCCGCUGGUGCAAGCUGCGAUCAGGAGGAGUUCUACGAUGCUGCCAAGCUUGCAGGUCAAGUCUGCGAGGGCACGCAGACUGGAGGAGCAAAGUACGACCCCAGCACUGAUGGCCGCUACUGCGGGUGGUCAGGGCCCGACAGCAUGAACGGGGAGAGCCGAUGUUCCCAAUCGGGCGACUCCGGCACAUACCGCUUCUGCCCCUGCAAUGCGGACAAGGAGCUGUAG